AUGCGGUACUGUUCAAGUAAGAAGAUAGCCAGCUGCACAGAUGGAAGACCACACUGUAAACUGCAAUUGAUCGAAGUAUUUGCGACAGUAUUUGACGUUGCAACAGUAUUUGCUGCAACGGUCGAAAAAUGCCUAGUGAUGUUGAGCGAUGCACAGCUGCUACAGUUUGAAAAUAUGCAACUAAAUUGGGGAGUGUUGAAAUUUGGUACACUUCAGUGCGCACUUGAAAUCGCUGAUUAUGAAAAGAUUUAG